AUGGCCGCCCGGCGCCCCGGGGCCCGCUGGCUGGCCGACUUCCUCGCCUACGAGACGGCCAAGUCGGUGGUGGUGAAGAGCUGGGUGGUGGGCGCCGUCAACCGGGCCGUGCAGCUCCUCAUCCUCUCCUACUUCGUGGGCUGGGUGUUCCUGCACGAGAAGGCCUACCAGGUGCGCGACACCGCCAUCGAGUCCUCCGUGGUCACCAAGGUGAAGGGCGUCGGGCGAUACGGCGGCCGGGUGCUGGACGCGGCCGACUACGUCACCCCCGAGCAGGGCGCCGCCGUGUUCGUGGUCAUCACCAGGCGCAUCGUGACGGAGAACCAGGUGCAGGGGCUGUGCCCGGAGAGCGACACCAGGUACCGCUGCACCGCCGACAGCGACUGCCAAAGCAACGGCCCCGCCGCGGCGAGCGGGCUGCUGACGGGGCGCUGCGUGCGCUACAACGGGACGCUGCGCACCUGCGAGAUCCGCGGCUGGUGCCCGCCGGAGGUGGACGCCGUGGAGGCGCCCGUCAUGCUGGAGGCCGAAAACUUCACCGUCUUCGUCAAGAACAGCGUCCGCUUCCCGCUGUUCGGCUUCGAGAGGGCCAACCUGCCGCCGCGGGCCACGGCCGCCGAGCUGAGCCGCUGCCGCUUCCACCCGGCGCGCCGGCCCCUCUGCCCCAUCCUGCGGCUGGGCGACGUGGCGCGCUUCGCCGGCCAGGACUUCGCCGCCCUGGCCGCCACGGGGGGGGUCGUCGGCAUCAAGAUCGCCUGGGUGUGCGACCUGGACCGGGCCUGGGAGCUCUGCCUGCCCCGCUACUCCUUCGCCCGCCUCGACGGCGGCGCCCGCCACGGCGCCGGCUCGCCCGGCUACAACUUCAGGUCGGCCAGGUACCGCCGCGGGCCCAACGGCACCGAGUCGCGCACCCUCAUGAAGGCUUUCGGCAUCCGCUUCGACGUGCUGGUGUACGGCAGCGCUGGGAAAUUCAGCAUCGUCCCGACCCUCAUCAACGUGGUGGCAGCCUUCACCUCCGUCGGCGUGGGCUCGGUGCUGUGCGACCUCAUCCUGCUGCACUUCCUCAAGGGCGCUGAGCACUACAAGGCCCGCAAGUUCGAGGAGGUGCCGGAGGCCAGCCUGCACCAGCCCUCGGCCGGCCCCACGGCGCUGCGGGGCGGCGAGAUGCAGUCCACCGACUCAGGCACCGGCUCCCUCGGCCUCUAGCCCCCCGCGCCGUGGGGCAGACCCUGCCUACCGUCUGCCCCCCCCCACGCCAAUGUGGGGCAGGGCUGGCUGUAGGGGGCUGGGGGGCUGCGGUGGCCCCCCGCUGCCUGCCAGCCCCACGGCAGCUUUUUCUGCAUGGACGCCUGGCACCCGCACUGCGCUGCCCCACACCUGCGGUUGGGGGCUGAGGCUGCUGUGGGGCAGGGCCCCACGGGUCCCAGCCCUGCCCCACUGCGCCCUGGGCCCAUCCUGGGGGUCCCAGUGCUGCCCCACUGCCCCCAGUGCCCAUCUUGGGGGUCCCAGUGCUGCCCCACUGCCCCCAGUGCCUGUCCUGGGGGUCCCAGCCCUGCCCCACUGUCCCCUGAGCCCAUCCUGGGGGGUCCCAGCCCUGCCCCACUGCCCCCCAUGGCUGUUCUGGGGGGUCCCAGUGCUGCCCCACUGCCCCCAGUGUCCAUCUUGGGGGGUCCCAGCCCUGCCCCACUGUCCCCUGCGCCACUCCCUGGGGUCCCGGCCCUGCCCCACUGCCCCCAGCACCCUUCCCUGCGGGUCCCAGCGCUGCCCCACUGCCCCCAGUGCCUGUCCUGGGGGGUCCCAGUGCUGCCCCACUGCCCCCAGUGCCCAUCCUGGGGGUCUCAGUCCCUCCCCACUGCCCCCAGCAUCCAUCCUGGGGGUCCCAACUCUGCCCCACUGCCCCCAGUGCCUGUCCUAGGGGGUCCCAGCCCUGCCCCACUGUCCCCUGCGCCACUCCCUGGGGGGUCCCAGCCCUGCCCCACUGCCCCCAGCACCCUUCCUUGGGGUCCCAGCACUGCCCCACUGCCCCCAGUGCCUGUCCUGGGGGGUCCCAGCACUGCCCCACUGCCCCCAGCACCCAUCCUGGGGGUCCCAGCCCUGCCCCACUGCCCCCUGGGCCCUUCCUGGGGGUCCCACCUCUGCGCUGCCCCCCGCCCCCCUCCCUGCCCCACGGCGGCAGCACCCCCAGCACCCGGCCCUCAAUAAAGUUUCGGCUCCCGGCA